AGAAAAUUUUUAGGGAGAAAAGACACCGGGAAAAUUUAGGGUUUAAGCAGUUUUUGCUGUUGAUUUCUCCGAUUAGGUCUAGGGACUUCUCAUCUGUCAGUCAGGGUUUGUAAUUUAUCAUUUCAAUUUUGUUAGGUAUUUACAUGUGUUGAUAAGAAACCUAAAUUUGAGCCGCCGAUGGACGAGAUCUGGGAGAGGGCGGUGGAGACAGCGUUAGACGGCCAAACAGAUGUGGCGUCGGUGCGGACGUUAACCCUCGACGGAGCCGUGAAGUGCGUGCACGGUCGUCUACCGCACCCAUCUCUAUUCCAAAAGUUCCCUCACCUACAACACCUAUCCAUUGCAAAUAUAGGUGUUUCAUCGCUUGAACAGUUCCCGCGCUUACAAAACCUUCAGAAGUUGAUUUUAUCCGACAAUCGGAUCGCUGGCGGCUUGGAAUUUUUGGUUCAGGCUGGUCUGGAGUCGUUACGGGACCUGGAUUUGUCGAAUAAUCGGAUUCAAGAGAUAGACGAUUUGAGGCCAUUGGCUGAGCUACGGCUCGUUUCUCUUGAUCUGUAUGAGUGUCCGGUUACGAGGGUUAAAGAUUACCGAUCCAGGGUGUUUGGGUUGAUUAAGUCGUUAAAGUAUUUAGAUAAGAUGGAUGUUGAUGAGAACGAGCGGCCUGAAUCAGAUGAUGAGGAUGACGAUGAUGAUGAAGAGGAGGAUGAAGAGGAGGAAGAGGAUGAUCCUGGAAGUGGGGAGAUCGAUGGUGAGGAGAAGGGGCCAAAUAGGUUGGCUAAUGGGCAUAACAUAGGGCAAGACGGCGUGGUUGACGUGGAUGAAGAUGAUGAGAGCGAUGCAGAUGAGGAGGAGGCGGAGAUUGUGAGAGGGGUGAAUGGGAACGGGUCUAACGGUCUGGCUGGUCAGGCAAAUGGUUUUCAUGCCGUUGAUGUUGAGGAUGAUGAUGAGGAUGGUGACGAUGAUAAUGAUUCAGAUGAGAUUGAUGAAGAAGAAGGAGAAGAUGAGGAGGAUGUGGUUGAGGUUCAUGAGAUUGAGGAUAGUGAUGAUGAAGAAGAUGGGGUUGAAGAUGAUGACGAAGACGAUGAUGACGAGGAGGUUGACAAUGACGAAGGUGAUUUUGCUGAGCCGGGGAGUACUGGGUGGAUAACUAGCACAGAAGGUGAGAUUGACGGUCAUGAUCAGGGAGAGGAAGAUGGAGAUGAGGAUGAUGAUGGGGAGACUGGAGAAGAGGAAAUUGGUGUUGAAGAAGGAGAUUUCGAAGAUGAUGAAGAGGCUGAGGAUGAGGAAGAAGAGGAUGUUGGUACAGGGUACCUGGUGCAACCAGUUGCCCAAGUUGCAGAAGAUGGAGUAGCUGGGGAUGAAGAUGGUCCUGAAGUGGAAGAAGACGACGAAGAAGAAGAGGAGAAUGAUGAAGAAGAAGAUGAUGAUGGUGACGAUGAUGAAGAGAAUGAGGGUAGGGUGCACCCUCCAUCUUCUUCAAGUAAGAGAAAACGAGACGACAACGAUGACGAUGAUGAUGGUGGUGACGAGAAUCAUCAGCCUCCGAAAUCAUCAAAGCACGACUAAAGAUUGGGGGGAAAAAGAUGGAAGGAUUCAAUGGUUUGCUGGUGGUGCUGGAGCUGGUGCUGGAGCUGGAGGGUGGUGUCAUGUUUGAUGAAAAUGGGGUUAUGCAGGGAGAGAGAGAGAAGAAAAGUGGUAAUGGUUUUUGAUGAAAAAAACUGUAAACUAGUGUUUGAGUUUUACUACUACAACUACCCUUUGUUUUUUAAUGAAGAAAACAUGAUGAAUGAUAUUUGGAGGGAAAAAAGCAACACUUUGGAAUGAUGGGUUGGGAAGUAAAGUUGUUUGAUUUAAACGUUAUAUAUAUAUAUAACAAGAAGAUUCAAAUGGCA